AUGAGAGAUGAUGAUACACCAUGUUGUGAGCCAAAGUUCUGGGUUAAUCUGGCUAUAUCUUUGUUCCUAGUGUUAUUUGCUGGUCUUACAUCUGGUCUUAGUAUAGGACUAUUGUCCUACUCCCAGGUUGAUCUUGAAGUCCUCAUAAAAGCAGGUCUCCCUCAAGACAAGAAGAAUGCUGAUAAAAUUUUGCCUAUUGUCAAGAAUGAGUGUUUACUACUAUGCACCCUUCUCAUUGGGAAAUCUCUGGCUUUGGAGACUCUUCCAAUUUUCUUGGAUACAAUUUUUCCUUUUUGGGCAGCCAUCCUGGUUUCUGUCACUCUUGUAGUAGCCUUUGCCGAGGUUAUCCCACAAGCGGUCUGCUCCAGAUAUGGACUAAGUUUUGGUGCUAAAUUUGUCUCGUUUGUUCAGUUUCUCUUGUUCAUUUUCUUCCCAGUGGCAUACCCGAUUAGUAAGUUGCUUGAUUGGCUUCUUGGGAAAAGCCGUUCUGCACUUCUUAGAAGAACAGAACUGAAAACACUGGUGGAUUUGCAUUCAAUUAAGGCAGGGAAAGGUGGAGAACUGACAGAUGAUGAAACUACUAUAAUAACAGGAGCAUUGAACAUGACAGAAAAAACUGCUAAAGAUUCUAUGACACCAAUAUCUAAAACCUUCUCUCUGGACAUAAAUUCUAAACUUGACAUGUAUACAAUGGGGGCCAUAGUGAGCCAGGGACAUAGUCGAGUACCAGUUUACUCAGGCAAUGCGACAAACAUUGUCGGCCUUAUUUUGGUAAAAAACUUGAUAUUCUGUCAUCCUGAGGAAGAAACUCCUAUUAAAGAUUUGGUAAUUAGGAAAAUCCCCAGAGUGCAUGAAAAUUGGCCCCUUUAUGAAGUGCUGAAACUGUUUCAAAAAGGUCAUAGUCACAUGGCUGUGGUUGUGAAGUGUAAGAAAGAUCCCAAAGAAACGUCUCAAGACACCAAAGCUAGGCCUGAUUUUACGAGUAUCAGAAUCCAUUCGGAUCCUGAACUCACACAAACAUACGGAAAAGGAACUAAGCCUCCAUUUGUUGCAAAAGAGCUUCGAAAUGACUCCCCUACAUAUUCUGGCUAUGGUGAAAUUCGAUCUCCUGCGCGGAUUAGAUGGGAGAAGGGAGAGGCAAACGUUUCGAAAGAUGAAAUGGAAUCUCUUGAAAAUAAGUUGUUGCAUGAGGAGGUGAUCGGUAUUAUAACAAUGGAGGAUGUCAUGGAGGAACUUUUACAGGAAGAAAUACUAGACGAAACUGAUCAGCAUAUUGACAUUCACAAGAUUAGAAUCAACAUUCUGCCUCCAAGAAGAUUAUCAUCUGCAUCUCCAGGGACAGCUUCACUCUCUCAAUUUUAUCGAAGAACCUCAGAGCCAGAGGAUUCUCCCAUCUCUUACUAUCAUUCUCCGAUACUCCGUUCACCAAUCCCCCCAUUUGUUCCAUCACCAUUUAUGAAGCCGGUAUUAUAUGCUUCUCCUGGCAAGGCAGUUUUGAAUUCUCCAAUCAGAUCUGCAGGCACUGUUCGUAGCUCACCAUCUUCUCGCCAGGUCUCAAGAAAAUCGUAUGAGAGGUUACGACCGGGCGAUGAUGCAUAA